UGGACGAAAUAUGUGCGUCCUUUUUUCUGGCAAGCAUAUUCAGGAAGAGAUUCAGAAUAGCCUAUCCAUGAGUGUGCUACUGGUAGAGGCGUUCUACGGUGGCUCCCACAAACAGCUGAUAGACCUGCUUAGAGAGAAUGUGGACGACUGCGUGUCCUACACACUGCCGGCGAAGAAAUGGCACUGGAGGGCCAGGACAGCAGCCCUGUACUUCAUGCAGGCUAUCCCGGCUAGCCCCUCGUACAGGGUCCUGUUUGCCAGUUCUGUGCUGAACCUGUCUGAACUGGUGGCCCUGCGUCCUGACCUGGCCACACUGAAGAAGGUGCUCUACUUCCACGAGAACCAGCUGGUCUAUCCAGUCCGCAAGAGCCAGGACAGAGACUUCCAGUACGGUUAUAACCAGGUUCUCUCAUGCUUGGUGGCAGAUGUGGUGGCGUUCAACUCUUCUUUCAACAUGGAGUCUUUCCUGUCCUCCAUUUCGUCCUUCAUGAAGAUGAUCCCCGACCACAGGCCCAAAGACCUGGACAAGCUCAUACGCCCAAAGUGUCGGGUCCUCCACUUCCCCAUCCAAUUCCCCCAUGUCACAAGCAGACCUGAAGUACUACUCAGUCCAGUAGAAGAGGAAAAGGAGGGACUUCUCGGUCUCCGCUCCCCUCCGGCUCCCAAAGCGCUCUGCUUGAGCCCAGAGCCAGAGGCUGCCAUCCUGGAUCAGAGGGAAGGCACCGGGCAGGCCGAGGCUCCUUCUCACCCCAGGGAAGAGCGAGGGCCUGGGGGAGGGAAGGAAGAGGGGGAUGGAGGAGGAGAAGAGAGCCACGUCAGACCUCUUCAUAUCGUCUGGCCUCAUAGGUGGGAACACGACAAAGACCCCGAGCUCUUCUUCAAGAUGCUGCUGAAGCUGAAAGGGAGAGGCCUGGGCUUUCAACUGUCUGUCCUGGGGGAGACCUUCACUGACGUACCAGACAUCUUUGCAGAAGCCAGAGUGGACCUGAAUGCCCAUGUCCUCCACUGGGGGUUCAUGCCCAGUAAAGAGGACUACCUCCAUGUCCUCUGCCAGGCAGACGUGGUGGUCUCCACAGCCAAGCAUGAGUUUUUUGGAGUGGCCAUGCUAGAAGCUGUUCAUUGUGGCUGCUAUCCACUCUGCCCCAAGGCUUUGGUGUAUCCUGAAAUAUUCCCAGAGGAGUAUCUGUACUCUACACCUGAGCAGCUUUAUAAGAAACUCCAGGGACUGUGCAGAAGGCCAUACAUGGUGAGGAGACAUCACGUUAAGGUUGACACCAGUUCCUAUUCCUGGGCUGCGCUGAAGGAGGACUUCAGGAGUCUGCUGGCAUACAAAGAGGACCACCAUCCCUGACGGACAGACUACAACUGGGCCAAUGCGAGUCCGCGGAUCUGCUCAGAAGUGGGCACACUUAGUUCACUCGAUUAGUGGCAGAAUGAGAUGGAUUUAAAGGUUGAUGGAAAGUCUGCAGCGUAGCGAGGGAGGGAGAGUCUCAAGGGCUGUCGUCAUAGCUGCCUGACAUGGAGCCACGGGCAACAAACCUGUGGUGGCCUCAGACAGCCUGUCCCCACCACCUCUCUCUCUCCACUCAGCUCCACUCUGCUCAAAUCAAAGCCAUGCCUUUGAGACAUUGUGCCUGUUGUAAACGUCCCCAUCUUCACGUGCAAGAGGGAGAGGUCUUUUAUGUCUACUGUGGUUUGAAUUUGAAAUAAAGAGAAAAGAACGUGUAAACUCUUUCAAAGGUUUCUCAAAGGCGGUGCCACCUCAUAUAUCCGGUUCAUUUUGAUCUUGUACUGGAGAGGACCUGGAGCUUGAAUUGCUCUCCACCCCACGACUCCCGACAGAGUGGCAGCCAAGUUGUGGCUUGAAACGCUGUUCUCUGCCUCCACACCUGGGUUGCCAGGGGCCUCAUUUAUAAAUUGUGUACCCCAAAAUGUGCGUGCGCCAGUUCACACAAAAGUUGGCAUUCAUAAAAAAUGUACUUGACAUGAGAAUUUGCUCACCUCCCCGCAACUUGUAGACGAUGCGUACUCACAUCUCUGCUAGUGUAUGAAAUAUUGUAUUGCAAUCUGGCAAGUAAGUAUUUUGUGCAAAUGAGGGAUAUGAUGAAAAGCUUAUUCAUAAAACAUAUUAACCAGAAUGCAGCCAUUUCCCAUCAAAGUGGAACUGACAGCAUUUUAGCAACAAAAAAAUCUUAUUAAAAUAUACACCCCCAGGAAGAAUGACACUUCUUUUUACAUUUUCUGACAAGCAAGCACUUAGAUAUGGUCAUUUUCAUGUUUUCAUACAUUCUUAGAAUACAUACUUCCCAAACAUUCCAAAGCAUUUGUAACAAUUCUAUAGCGAUAUAGAGUGGGAAAGCAGCUGUGCGUUUGGACAAUUAAUAGACACUGCAGUAAAUUAAACCGAAUAAAAACAUCUGUCUUGUCCAGGAUUAAAGUCUACGCAGACCGGUGCGGUGCACCGUUCAGGUACACUAGGUCUAUAUGCCAACAAGCCAUUUGCCACAAGGGCCUGCCAUCAUUCACUUUGAACUGGACCGCGUGUUUACAGGCAGUUGCAACAGCGCGGCUUUAGAUCAUUAGAACGCAUUAGGCAAAAUGGAUUUCUGCAAAUAUGUACAGUUGAAGUCGGAAGUUUACAUACAUCCUUAGCCAAAUACAUUUCAACUCAGUUUUUCACAAUUCCUGACAUUUAAUCCUAGUAAAAAUUCUCUGUCUAAGGUCAGUCAGGAUCACCACUUUAUUUUAAGAAUGUAAAACAUCUGAAUAAUGUUAGAGAGAGUGAUUUAUUUCAGCUUUUAUUUUGCCACAACUUUGGAAGUAUGCUUGGGGUCAUUGUCCAUUUUGAAGAUCCAUUUGCGACCAAUCUUUAACUUCCUGGCUGAUGUCUUGGGAUGUUUCAAAAUAUCCACAUAAUUUUCCUGCCUCACGAUGCCAUCUAUUUUGUGAAGUGCACCAGUCCCUCCUGCAGCAAAGCACCCCCACAACAUGAUGCUGCCACCCCUGUGCUUCACGGUUGGGAUGGUGUUCUUCUGCUUGCAAGCAUCCCAUUUUUUUCCUCCAAACAUAACGAUGGUUUUUGUUUCAUCAGACCAAAAUGUACCAUCUUUGUCCCCAUGUGGUCUGGCUUUCUUAUGGUGGUUUUGGAGCAGUGACUUCUUCCUUGCUGAGCGGCCUUUCAGGUUAUGUCGAUAUAGGACUCGUUUUACUGUGGAUAUAGAUACUUUAUCUGUUUCCUCCAGCAUCUUCACAAGGUCCUUUGCUGUUGUUCUGGGGAUUCAUUUGCACUUUUCGCACCAAAGUACGUUCAUCUCUAGGAGACAGAACGCAUCUCCUUCCUGAGGGGUUUGACAGCAAAUGUGUUUAUGCUAGCGUACUAUUGUUUGUACAGAUGAACGUGGUUCCUUCAGGCGUUUGGAAAUUGCUCCCAAGGAUGAACCAGACUUGUGGAGGUCUACAAUUGUUUUUCUGAGGUCUUGCCUGAUUUUUUUGAUUUUCCCAUGAUGUCAAACAGAGGCACUGAGUUUGAAGGUAGGCCUUGAAAUACAUCCACAGAUACACCUCCAAUUGACUCAAAUUAUGUAAAUUAGCCUAUCAGAAGCUUCUAAAGCCAUUACAUAAUCUUCUGGAAUUUUCCAAGCUGUUCAAAGGCACAGUCACCUUAGUGUAUGUAGACUUCUGACCCACUGGAAUUGUGAUACAGUGAGUUAUAAGUUAUAUAAUCUGUCUGUAAACAAUUGUUGGAUAAAUUACUUGUGUCAUGAACAAUGCAUAUGUCCUAACCGACUUGUCAAAACUAUAGUUUGUUAACAAGAAAUUGUGGAGUGGUUGAAAAACAAGUUUUAAUGACUCUUAACAUCAGUGUAUGUAAUCUUCCGACUUCAACUGUAAAUAAAUACAGCGGGAAACCUAUUACAUUUGGGAAGUUUACAGUCCUAUUGAUCAAACAAUCAUAAAAAGGUAGGCUAUCUUUCCCUACAGUACCGGUCAAAAGUUUGGAUCUAACUCAUUCAAGGGUUUUUCAUUAUUUGUACUAUUUUCUACGUUGUAGAAUAGUAGUGUAGACAUCAACUAUGAAAUAACAUACGGAAUCAUUUAGUAACCAAAAAAGUGUUAACCUUUUUAAAGUAAUGAUGAACUGUAAUUUUUCUUUGCUUAUUUGAGCUGUUCUGGCCAUAUUAUCUUAGUCUUUUACCAAAUAGGGCUAUCUUCUGUAUACCACCCAUACCUUGUCCAAACAACUGAUUGGCUCAAACGCAUUAAGGAAAGAAAUACCUCAAAUUAACUUUUAACAAGGCACACCUGUUAAUGUAAAUGCAUUCCAGGUGACUACCUCAUGAAGCUGAUUUGAGGGAAUGCCAAGAGUGUGCAAAGCUGUCAUCAAGGCAAAGGGUGGCUACUUUGAAAGAUCUAAAAUGUAACACUUUUUUUGGUUACUACAUGAUUCCAUAUGUGCUAUUUCAUUGUCUGAUGUCUUUACUAUUAUUCUUCAAUGGAGAAAAUAGUAAAAAUAAAGAAAAGCCUUAAAUGUCUGUCCAAACUUUUGACUGGUACUGUAUAUACACAUUAACAACAACAAGAUCAACAACUAAUUCUAGCCAGAGCAGAUGAGCUAAAAUCUAACGAAUUAACAUUUCAACAAACCCUCUCAAACUUUUUCAGCUAGUUGGCCAUCUAAAUUGAAAUGAUAAACGAUGGGUAAUUGCCUGCUCGUCCUUCUGUAGCUUGUCUGCCAGUGUCCCAACAGAGCACCCAAGCUAACUGGCUAAAGUGUCCUAGCUUGCUAGCUACUUCCAGCCACAAAUGAGGGAACACCUCACUCACCAUUUUACUCGCCCGAGCAGAGCUGGUUAGGCUGUUUACAUGUUAUAUAGAGCGUAUGUGACUAUUACGUUUUUUUGCGCUCUGGCACACUCAAACAACAUUUCAGAGUACAUAGCUAGCCAGAGUGAUUUAGUGAAUGCAAGAGAUAUGCUAAUUGGAUAACAGUCAUUCUGCAUAGCUAGCUAGCAUCUUUAGCUGUGUAGCCACCGAAAAACAAUACCAGGGGAAAAUUUGUGACCAUGACCUCUCCAAUGACACUGUCCUCCUAGCAGCUAUCUAGCUAGCUAACGUUAGGCUCUGUUUUUAGCUUGCUACAUAAAUAGAUACCCUAGCAUAUUAGCCAUGUUAUGACUGACUGGUGAUCAUUAUCCUUGCUAGUUUGAUGGGUAUUGACAUUCCCAGCCUUAGUUACAUUUGUCAGUUUUUUGUCCAAAUUAUGAGUAAUUGAAACUGAAACGGUGCGUCCUGAAUGGAGGCAGCAAACAAUGUACCAGGCCAGCUGUGAUUUACAACCAUAAAGUCAUAUUUUUGGACUACUAAGAAAUGUAUUAGUGAAUUAAUUUAAUCAUGCAUUGAACUGAUCUAUUCUGCCAACAAUGCCUUAGUGUACAUCAUGGAAUGUUGAGUCAAAUAGAACAUAUUUUUAAAACCUCUUAUGAAGUUGGUUUUGUAGCAUAAACUGGGAAUUUGAUAUUUUUGACUGAUAUGAUUCUGUUUCGUAUCUGCAAAGUAGUUAAAAUGCUGUCAGUUCCACUUUAACCAGAAGAGAACAUCUGUGUUUUAUUUUUAGAAUCUAAAAUAUAGACAUAGGAAUCUUUUUCCUAUUUUUCCUUCUUCGAUGGCCGCGUACCAGCGGAAUUAGGUUACUACGUCGAAAUGCAGUCAGGUUAAGACUGGUGAGGACGACAAGCAACCAGAUGAGCUUCCCUGAGACGGUUUCUGACAGUUUGUGCAGAAAUUCUUACAUUGUGCAAACCCACAGUUUCAUCAGUUGUCUGGGUGGCUGGUCUCAGACGAUCCCGCAGGUGAAGAAGCAAAAUGUGGAGGUCCUGGGCUGGCUUGGUUACUACACAUGGUCUGCGGUUGGACAUACUGCCAAAUUCUCUAAAAUGAUGUUGGAGGCGGCUUAUGGUAGAGACAUUAACAUUCAAUGCUCGCAACAGCUCUGGUGGACAUUCCCGCAGUCAGCAUGCCAAUUGCUCGCUCCCUCAACUUAAGACAUCUGUGGCAAUUUAUCCACUCACUACUACUGUAAGUCGCUCUGGAUAAGAGCGCCUGCUAAAUGACUAUACAUUUUUUUUAAAUUAUAUAACUGAACAUUUUAGAGUAUGUGGCCUUUUAUUGUCCCCAGCAUAAUAUGCACCUGUGUAAUUAUCAUGCUGUUUAAUCACCUUCUUGAUAUGCCACCCCUGUCAUUUGGAUGGAUUAUCUUGGCAAGUGAGAAAUGCUCACUAACAGGGAUGUAAACAAAUGUGUGCACACAAGUUGAGAGAAAUACGCUUUUUGUGCGUAUGACACAUUUCUGUAAUCUUAUUUCAACUCAUGAAACAUGGGACCAACACUUUACAUGUUGAGUUAAUAUUUUUGUUCAUUUUAAAUUAUUUUGAACAUACAAUCAAUCUUAGACACUUGCUAUAGGCAGCAUGUAUGCUUAUUCUGCCCAUAUUUAAUGGUUGUAAAUGAGGCCCCAGGAGACUGAAGUACCUAAUCAGACUUGGGCUGACUUGGGCGAGGUACUUGUCUGCUGGUAUCAAUGCAGGUCUCUCUGUCUACGCUCUGUCUUGUAAUGUUCUACAAAUAAACAUUGUUUUCUAUUGUUUUGUAGAA